GAGACUACUGUCAUUCAUCAAAGUCUAACUUCCUAUGACAGACGUCGGUUCAAGUUUGAUUUAUUGGAAUGAAAAAGAAAUCAUACCAAGAGGGAUUUUUCUUUCUUCCUCUGGAUCUGGUGGAGAUCGUCUUCUGUUUUGGCAAUCUUCUCAUGCUAACAAUAGCAAUAGAUACAAUCCUAAAAAAGAAUCUUCUACACGUAACGAUGACUGCUCGCCAGGAGUUAGCACUCUCAACAACCAGGAGUUUACAUUAUUAAAGGGUUCUAAAUCUGUUGGGAACUCAACUGCAGAACCGAUUACUCCUACUCCCAAAUUGAAAAAUACUAGCCAAGCUCGAGGCCAUAAAAAUAGUGAAAAUCCAUUCGCACUCAGUUUAAUCUCUGAACGCACUAUGUUUUUCAAUGAAAGUGGUUUUGGGAAUAGUCCUAUCGCUGGUGGAUUGAAUCAGAAUUUUAUGAGCUCAGCAGAUCGUACGUUAAAUAAUUGUCCAACUAUUUGUUCAAAUAUUAACUCUAGUUUAUGUACCACGAGUUCAUUGUCUUCGAGUAAUCCAGUUGGAAGUGUUACUGCAAAUUUAUCCAAUCCUAAUACAGUUCUUGGAGGCCUCUAUUCUACUGAUUCAUCGUUACAGGUUCCUUCUACUGAAUCACCGUUAAUUGGAAAUUUAGGAAUUUCAAAUAUAGAAGGUAUUCCAGCAAAUGUAUUACUUAGUCUUCUACAUCAACAAACUCAAGCACUUCAACGUAAAAUCUACAUCAAGUUAGACCAUAGUAUAUUUAUUGGAGCUGCAUUUAAUUUAUCCCCGUCUGAUAUGGAAACUAUUGGUCUUAGUGAAGAUAUUGAAGAUUGUAAUGCUAAAAAUUGUGAAAAUGAAUUAUCACGAACAACUAUGAUCAGUUUUACUGUUGGUUUUUUAAUGGAGUCAUCUGCACCACCAUCUGUAUUAUCUUAUCUUACUGAAUUAUCUAGAUUGAUCGGUUCUCAAGUAAGACGUGCAGAAUUAGUGUUUAAUUAUCUUAGAGAUCAAAGAGAUAUUAUUGUUUCUACUCUGGAGAAAUAUUCUUAUGCUGAUACUAAUUCAUCAUGGUGUGGUAAUUCUACAACAGACUACAACACAAAUAAAUAUGGAUCAGAUAAUUUCAACUUUUCCAAAUCAUCUCAAUCAUUUCCAAAUAAACGUUAUGUUAAAAUAACAGAAGGUGGUAAUUCUGAUCGUGAUAAUAAUUUAGUUAAUUCAGUCAUAGAUCAAGAAUGCAAUGAAUCUAAGUCACCAAAUGCAUUCAAUACAAAUCAAUCAUUCAGCGAAAAUAUAUUUACAAAUAACACUUAUAAUAAUUCUGAUGAUUUUCAUGAUAAGAUAAAUGAUGUAACUGUGAUGAACCCACUUGAGAAAUUAGUUCAAAUUUCGUCUUUAUGCGCUGAAUUAAAAAGUAUACUUGAUUCAAUUUGUAAAACAGGUCAUGUAAACGUUAAAAUUAACAAAAUUUAUCCAGUCUGUUUUUGUCUACCGCAUAAAGCUUAUUGUUUAAAUAAUAAUGAUGGAAUUUCUAAAUGCAUAGUAGCUGUUCGACCGAUGGCCAUUUGGAAUGCAAUGGAUAAAAUACGACCAUAUCAUGCUUUAAUAUUACUACUGCGUAAAAAAGAUUUACUCAGUGAUUAUCUUCCGACUGACAUUAAUCCAACAUUGAAGGAAUUAAGGUGGUUCGAUGGAGAGUUGUGUACAAUUUGGAUACAAUUUUCAUCAUCAACUGACAUCAAUUGA